AAGGGCAAAAUUGGAACUUGGAAAAAACAGAUAUGGGCACUCCGUUCUGUUCCCGUUAUGCGUCUCUAAACGUCACGCCCUUUUUCCCCAGCUUAGCUCCGGCGAUUCAGUUAACUAAUCUCCGGCCACGAAACGACGUCGUAACAUCUCGAAUGGAAUCAACGUCCAUUUAUCUUUCCGGCGACUCCAGCACGACCACCGUCAGCGCCACCGCUGCCGGCGGCGAUACAACUACAACCGGCAAUAAUAGUACAGAGGAGAACUCGAUUACCGAUAUGGUGGUUCAGUACGUUGUUCUACGGAGAGAUUUGAUUGAUAUGUGGCCGUUAGGAAGUGUUGUUACGCAAGGUUGCCAUGCCGCCGUCGCGGCUAUUUGGUCUCACAAAGACGAUGCUAUUACUCUCCAAUAUUGUAGCCCUUCCAAUCUCGAUUCAAUGCAUAAGGUAACUCUUGAAGUGAAGGGUGAAGCCCAGAUAUUGAACUUGGCAGGAAAGCUAAAAGCUGGGGGUAUUGCUCAUAAACUGUGGAUUGAACAACCAGAAAACAUACCAACCUGUCUUGCUAUAAAACCUUAUCCAAAAUCCCUGCUUAUCCUCUUAAUUAUCAGCCCAAACUUUUCGUGUUUGGCCUGUCUCUCCAGCUCUAAUCUUUUGGUAGUGGUGAUGAGCUUGUGUAUUUUCUACUGUGGCUUAUCAAUAUUAUUGCUGCGCUUCCACUCUGCCGUGCUGCUUAUGCUCUUAAUUAUCAGCCCAAACUGUGCGUGUUUGGCCUAUCUCUCCAUAAGUUGUAAUGGCUUUGGUCAAUCCACCAAACUACUGAAAAAUGGGUUCGUUGAAGAAUGCUGUACGUAAAGAACCUAACACAACCUAGUAGGUUGAGGAAUCUGGUAAGCAAGUUCCUUCAAAAAGAAUUUUGGGAAAUUGGUUCUUGGCAUUUCUUUCUUUUGGUUAUGAAAGUUCUUUACCAUCGAGUGAGCCAUCAAAGUCUUUUGCCUUCCAUGUUGUCUGUAUCACC